UUAUUUUUGUGAGUCAGUUGUUAAUAAAUGUUAAAUGUUAAAACAUUUAUUUAUCAGUCUCUUAUUGCAUGGAAAUCAGAAUGUAUUCAUACAAGAAAACACAGAAGACACACCUUAAUAUUAAUCCUCUUUGCAUGAUUACCAACUCCAUCAUACUCUUAUUUUAAGUCUAAUUUCAGGCACAUAGUAGGAUCCUCUUGUAGCAGUAAAGGAACUAUAACAGGGACAAUAGACAAUUACAACUCUUAGAUUAAAAGUUGUUCUCAUGGACUUCCUUGAUGUUUAUAUCUGGAAAGCAUCAGAGAAUCUUUUUGUUCACCUGUUUUUUCUUUUACUUCUCCCAGUUACAUUCAUGAGGUGAGAGAUCAUGGGAAACUGGAGUGGGACCGUAGAGAAAUUCAUUCUGGUGGGCUUUCCUACAUCACAACCCCUUCAGCUGUUUCUCUUUGUCCUCUUUCUGACCUUCUACCUGAUUACUGUGCUGGAGAAUGCUCUGAUUGUGUCUACUAUAUGGCUCACACCUGCCCUCCACCGUCCAAUGUAUUUUUUCCUGGGGCACCUGUCCUUCUUGGAGAUGUGGUACAUCAAUGUUACUGUCCCUCGGCUAUUGGAAGCCUUUCUUAAUCAAGAUCUUUGGAUUUCCUUUGUGGGCUGUAUGACCCAGCUCUACUUCUUCAUCGCGCUGGCCUGCACUGAAUGUGUCCUUUUAGCUGUUAUGGCUUAUGAUCGAUAUCUGGCCAUCUGUGAGCCCCUCCGCUACUCUAGCCUCAUGCCUUCAACUCUAGCUACCCGCCUCGCAGCAGCUUCCUGGGGCAGUGGCUUUUUUAGCUCCAUGAUGAAGCUCUUAUUCAUUGCUCGGCUAUCCUAUUGUGGACCCAAUGUCAUCAACCACUUCUUCUGUGACAUCUCUCCUCUUCUCAACCUCACUUGUACAGACAAGGAACAAGCUGAGAUGGUAGAUUUCCUCCUGGCCUUAAUAAUGAUCUUGCUCCCUCUGCUGGCAGUUGCAUCCUCUUAUGUUGUUAUCAUUAUGGCUAUCCUUAAGAUUCCUACUGCUCAGGGAAGAAAGAAGGCCUUUUCAACCUGUGCCUCACACUUGGCAGUAGUUGUUAUUUUCUACUCCUCCACCCUUUUCACAUAUGCUCGACCUCGGGCUAUGUAUGCCUUUAACUACAAUAAAAUCAUAUCUGUUUUAUAUACUGUUAUUGUGCCUCUCCUCAAUCCUGCCAUCUACUGCCUGAGGAACAAGGAAAUAAAAGAUGCUUUAAAGAAAACAGUACUAGGACAGUGUCACCAUCUUGGGGAUUCUCUAGAUUAAAAGUAAACACAUUGUGGUAAGGAAUGAGGAGCUAAAAAGGACAAAAGAUAAAAGAGAGAAGCUCCCCGAAGCAAGAAGAAAGAAUUCCCAUUGUCAGGUGGUAUUCUUGGGAGUGUGAACAAUUGCUGUUCCUCAUGUCCUGAAAAAAAAAAAAGU